AUGCAGUCCACCUUCACCCAGAUCAUCCUCGCUUUGGCUGCCACCGGCGCCAUCGCCUCUCCCCUCGCUGCCCGCGACAACUGCGGCGUUGCCCCCAGCGGCUCCGGCUCUGCCUCCCCCAUCAGUUCUCCCUCCGUGACCACCGCCGCUGCCUGCCAGGACAAAUGCCAGGCCGACGACUCCUGCAAGGCCUUCCUCUUCGGUCUUCCUGACAGCGCCUCCGCUCCCACCUGCGAGCUCUUCGCCGUUGCCCCCGCCCAGGUCCCAGCCCAGGACGACAGCAACCUCCGUGUCUACGGCCCUGACUGCUCCAGCGUGCCCACCACCAAGCCCACCGCGGACCACCCCCAGGGCCAGAACGGUAACCAGAAGCGCGACGACACCUGCGGCAAGGCUCCGUCUGGUCCUUCCUCGAACAGCCCUUCGCCGCUUGCUACUCGCACCGAUAUCACCACCGAGGGUGACUGUAUCGCUCUUUGCAAGAAGACUAACGGCUGUGAAUCUGUCGAGGUCGGAAAGCCCGGUCCUAACGGUGACGCCGAGUGCAUCCUCUUCAGCGUCGCUGCUUCUGAGCUUCCUCCCCGUGACGAUGGUGCUACCCUCGUCGCCUACGACAUUGGCUGCUAA